CAAUUGUGCCUGCGUUGCUUGCUGCAAGGGCAUUCUUAUUAUGCGCGCAUGAAACACAGAUAACUACAACCACUGCGGCGCGCGCUGCUUGCUGUAGUCGCACCGCACCGCAAUCAACCCACCAGCCUAUCCUAUCCUAUCGAUAACGCCACGCCACGCCACGGCAUUGACCAACAACACAACGCCCGCCCUCAUAUGCUAUCCCUCCAUACACCGCACUCUGGACGCCCUCAUUCCUCCGCCCGACAUCAGCGAGCCAGCGACGCCGGACAUGUCGCAUGCCGCCCUACCAUCGGCACCCACGGCCAGCCUCUCCAAGGUGCAAUCACACCCACUGGACGAUGCGCCCUCGAGUUUGACUCCGCCACCUUCUACACAGCUCCCAUCGUCGAGCAGAGGCAAAGCGCGCACCCCGACUCCGCCAGUCUCGCACAUCUCCACCCCGCCUCCCACCAUCGAAUUGCACGCCCAGAAUGGCCGAUCGCUGCGCGCAUUCCCUGGAAUACUGUCUGGAGAGGAAUUGGAACCGGCGUCAUCCGAGGAGCUGCGAUUGAAACUCGUCGAGCUGCAAGCCGCAGUUCAGCACGAGAAGAUGCAAGCCGCGCAUUACAAGCUGCAGUACAAUAUGCUCGCACAGGAAAGCGCCGCGGCCAUCGAGCGCAUGCAUGUCGAGGCACGAAUGGCGCAGACCGAGAGCGAUGUCAUUGCGCAAGCCGAGCAGUCCAAAGUGCCCGUGACACCCCUCCCGCAGCAGGAAGGCUUCGUCCCGGUCCAGAAGGCUUUGUACCAGAGAAUGCUCCGUGAUAUUCACAUCUUGCGCGAGAAUGUUCAGGUUUUGGAAAGGGAAACCAAGGAUCAGGACAGGAUGCUUACGAUGCAAGACGAUGAAAUUGCCAGCCUUCGCGAUCGCGCUACUCUGAUGGCCGAGCGCAUUCGUCAGAGCAGAGAGCAGCAGAACCGUUCUCGGCGAGCUCAAUUUUCGUCACGAGUCGAUGCGACACCCCGUUCCGUCUACAGUACCCCUCAGCAGCGUGCACACAUCGGCAAUCGACAGCAGCCGCAAGCCUUUGCCGCGCUCAUUCAGGCCUCAGAAAUGGCGAGCCAGGAAUCUGCCAGAUCAGCGGGCAAGAAAGGCCAUUCCAGGAACGUGCACAGCACUUCCAGUUUGCCAUCUACCCCACAACGAGCUCAAAAGUUGCAGCAACCAGCGUAUCAGACUCCAUCAGGUCGUCAACAACCACGAAAGAUCCCAUCAACUGCACCUGUGGCUCGCAUGAGUGCAAUGCGAACGCCAGACGUCUACGCGCAGACCUCGCUGCCAGUUUCGCAGGCACAAGAUCCACAGUCUGAUGGCACUGUCUCCGCAUCAGACAAUGAUAGCGAGGCAGAGACCGACAUUCUGGACCAGGAUGACGAGAUUCCGCAGUCGCAAGCCUCCCUUUCUGCUUCACAAAUGCUGAGGUCUGGCCAGGAACAGCAGUCAAAGCGAGAUAGCUUCGAAGGCCGAGGUAUGCUUGAGCCUAGCCGUCGAACUGGUGGCGAGAAGUUGAGACAAACGAAAUUAUUCGGGCAGGGCUUGGAGUGGGUGGAGAAAGAGUGCGCCGGCGAGAGAAAGCAGCUCUACCUGUCCAGCGAUACGAAGACAACUUUGUACAAUACUUCCGUCUUUUCCGCUGGCAAGUCGUUACGCAAUGCGCCUCGCAAGAAAACAAAGUCAGGCAAGGUCCGUAUCGGUCCCAUGCAUGGAAAAUGUUGCUUCGGCGCUAAUGUAGUCCUUGAGAAGUCACACGCUGCGCCUUUCGUAUAUAGCAGGCACGCCAUGCCUACACGCGCAAUCACCACCGCAGCUGCCAGAAACGCCGUCUUACACACUCGCGAGCUGCUUGAGGCGAUUAUUCACCAUCUGCCGAUGAGCGACGUACUCAACCUGCGAAGUGUGUGCUCGACGUGGAAGUACACAAUCGAUGACUCCGUCAGCCUCCAGCGCAAGCUGUUCCUCAAAGCCGUUCACACCGGAGACCUGUGGGUGACCGACACGCAUACGAGUACAAUGCGACCGAGCAGCAGCAAACAGAUCCGGGAAAUGUCAGAACAGAACCCGAUGGAGUCACGCUAUCUCGUAGCCCGCCCGUCCCAGCUCAACGCUACCUUCUUCGCGCGCAAACCUGGCCAUGAAAAGACCCCGAUUCUUCAUCGCGCAAAAUAUUGCGAGAGACUGAGCUUCACGGAGCAACCGGAUCAGAUUAAGCACAACACGAUCUGGCAGAGUAUGUUUAUCUGCCAACCAGCAGUUAACGCGGUACACAUCUAUCUACGGUAUUCUGGACUUCUCUACAACAAGAUCUUGCGAUUCUGGUACAUGGACGACCAGGAACUUCGCAUCGAAGUCGUCAACGAAGUGGAGGGUAUCCGGUACAAAGAUGUCGUGGCCGCCAUUCACGCCGCGAUCGAGACGAAACAUCCUGGUCGAGAUGCUGCAGAAUUUGAGAUCAGAGUCUCGGACGAGCAUCAACGCAGAGCAAGCGAGGUUUAUAUGUUGGGGGCUUUGUUUGCGAGUGGGGAGGAGAUCAAAGCGGUGGAGGAGUUGCGAGAUCAGGAAUGUUGGAGCGAGGAGACGUCUCAGUUUAUUCGAGGGAUGGAGAGGGAGCCGAGCUUGUUCUUGAGUGAGGGUCCUGUGGGGGUGAAUAGGACAGGAUGA